CUUCCGGGCUGGGCUGUGGGCGGCGUUCUGCGGAAUGGGGUCUUGGCAGCGUUGGCUGCGUUUUGGCGGGGUGUCGCUCCGGAGUGGUGGCGGGGCCUGUGUCCCGCUUGGGGGAAGCCACUGGGUGUGUCGGCGCCAGUUAUCUGGAGCUGAAAAUGAGACCCUAAAACAAAGAAGAACACAAAUCAUGUCCCGAGGACUUCCAAAGCAGAAACCAAUAGAAGGUGUUAAACAAGUUAUAGUUGUGGCUUCUGGAAAGGGUGGAGUUGGAAAGUCUACAACAGCAGUUAACCUUGCACUUGGACUAGCAGCGAAUGAUUCGUCAAAGGAGAUUGGUUUGUUAGAUGUAGAUGUAUAUGGCCCAUCAAUUCCAAAGAUGAUGAAUCUGAAAGGAAAUCCAGAAUUAUCACAGACCUUCCUUUCACUAUUUCACUCUACAAUAGAAACUGACAACCUAAUGAAGCCUCUUUUGAAUUAUGGUAUUGCUUGUAUGUCUAUGGGCUUCCUGGUUGAAGAGACUGCACCAGUUGUUUGGAGAGGCCUUAUGGUAAUGUCAGCCAUUGAAAAACUGUUGAGGCAGGUAGACUGGGGUCACCUGGACUAUUUAGUUGUUGACAUGCCACCAGGAACUGGAGAUGUGCAGUUAUCAGUCUCACAGAAUAUUCCCAUUUCAGGUGCUGUGAUUGUCUCCACGCCCCAGGACAUUGCAUUGAUGGAUGCACACAAGGGUGCUGAGAUGUUUCGAAAAGUUCACGUGCCUGUUCUGGGCCUUGUUCAAAAUAUGAGUGUUUUCCAGUGUCCAAAAUGUAAACACAAGACUCAUAUUUUUGGUGCUGAUGGUGCAAGGAAACUAGCACAGAUCCUUGAUCUUGAUAUUCUAGGAGAUAUUCCUUUACAUCUUAAUAUAAGGGAAGCUUCAGAUACAGGCCAGCCGAUUGUAUUCUCACAGCCUGAAAGUGAUGAGGCCAAAGCUUACCUGAGGAUUGCUGAAGAAGUGGUCAGAAGAUUGCCACCGCCCUAGCUGGCUUGGCUCAGUGGAUAGAGCGUCAGCCUGCGAACUGAAGGGUCCCAGGUUCGAUUCCGGCCAAGGCACAUGCCUGGGUUGUGGGCUCGAUCCCCAGUAGGGGGUGUGCAGGAGGCAGCCAAUCAAUGAUUCUCUCUCAUCAUUGAUGUUUCUAUCUCUCGCUCCUUCUCCCUUCCUCUCUGAAAUCAAUAAAGAAAUAUAUUAAAAAAAGAAGAAGAAGAUUGCCACAACCUCUACAGUGACUCCCAGUUGUCCUGAAACUUACCUGCUGCAUGACAAGGAGACCUUUGGGAAUAGCAGUGUGAUGGUAAUGCCUACAGAAACAAUAGCAAUCACAGAAGCAAUAGCAACCUUGUAUUUCUAAGGAGAUAAUGUCGUAUCUUCGGGUUUGAUUUGCCAAACAAUGACUCACAAAUAAAGUUUUUGCAUAUCACUGCUAACUAUUAUAUUUAGGAAUUGUUUAGAAAGCUGAUGUGAACCAACUGCACAGAAGUACAUUUUAUUUUAUUGAGCUACCCCUUGAAGAGUUAUGAGUUUAUGUUACAAGUCCAAUCUUCAGUUCAGGAGAGAACUUUGCUCUUUUUAAAGGAUUUGCUAAAUUUGUAUAAGGACACAAGUGUGACAUCCUCCAUCAGACAAUUUGGUAUGGGUUUGAAUCCUGCCUCUAAUACUGUAUUGAACACAUUCUUAAUGUAGAUUAAACCUCUACUUCACCUGGACUUGACCUUACCCUAGACUUAAUGAAUCUGAAUCUCCAGGAAUGGGGCCUGGACAUGUGGAUUUUUAAAAAUAUUUAUUUUAUUGUUGCUAGUGUUACAGAUGUCCCCAAAUUUUCCCAUCCCCCUCCUCCCAGCCCCUGAACAUGUGUAUUUUUAACAAGAUUCUAAUGAUUUUGAUGAAUCAUAUGAUGGCAAUAAUAGCAAUAAGAGUUAACAUGUAUCAAGUGUUUUCUUCUGUCUUUAUGUUAAUCUUCCUUUCAUAUGAGGGUGGGUAAUGUUGCUCUCUCCAUUUUACAGAUGAGGAAACUGAGGUAUAGGAAAGUUAAGUGUCUUCCCAAGGGUUACUAUUUUAGGAAAGCAAGGAUCUGAGAUUUAUACUUGUGCACUUGGAUUACUGGAUCCAUCCUUUUAUACAAAAAGGGCAUUUGUUUAUUUCAAAAGAGGAAUAUAAUAUGCAGCAUUUCCUCAAAAUCACUUGACCAUGAACCUCUCUAUUCCCACACCCACCUUUUAGAAGGAGUUCAUUUUAUUGCAGUUCAUUUUUCAAAGAAUACACUUUGAAAAGCAUGUAUCUUGUCUAGUUGAGGCUUAGAGAGAGACGUCAGGGGCUUCCCAGGUUCAAGUAGUAAGAUAGUUGUAAAGCUGCAAGUACUGAUGAGUCAUUAGUUAAUCCUCGGUUUUGAGGAAGUAGUCUAUGACGUUUGGCAAAUGCCUUCUCGUCCUUUACUAUGUAGUUAAGCAGCCGGAAAAUUAGGCAAAGAGUUACGUGCCAUUGUAACUCUUAGUGGAUACAUGCUACAACCUGGAUAAAUUCCAGAGAAUUAUACUGAACGAAAAAGCUAAUCCCAAAGGUUAUGUAUCAUAUGAUUCCAUUUAUAUAAUAUCCUUGAAAUGACAAAAUUAUAGAAAUGGAGAACUAAUUAGUGGUUUCCAGGGGUUACAGAAGUGGGGGGAGUUUGUGUGUGUCUAUAAAAGGGCCACACAAGAAAUCCUUGUGAUGUGGGAAAAGCCCUGUUUUGCAAGAUGUUAUCAUUUUGGAGGAAAUGGGGUAGAGGGCACAGUGGAAUCUAUCAGCAUUACUUUUUAUAACCACACUAGAGGCCCAGUGCACGAAUUUAUCACAGGUGGGGUCUGGCUGGGCUGGCCCCAAUCAGCCGAGCCUGUUGGGAGGAGGAGA